AUGGUGCUGGAAGGAAACCCCGAAGUGGGGUCCCCCCGGACCUGUGACCUCCAGCACGCGGGGAACCAGGGCUCCUGCAUCCUCUCUUCUCCCGGGGAAGGUGCACAGCCGGACGAGGGGCCCAUCAAGUACGGUGAACUCAUCGUCUUGGGAUGCUGUGAGGAAGGAGGUGAGGAAACCGAGGCUCAGAGAGGGGAAGUGACUGGCCCCAGGGCACACAGCUGCUACAACGGGUGUCUGGCCAGCGGGGACAAGGGCCGCCGGCGAAGUCGCCUGGCCCUGAGCCGCCGGCCACACGCUAACGGGGUCAAGCCAGGCAUCAUGCACCACAUCUCCACGCCACUCGUCUCCAAGGCCCUGAGUAACCGCGGCCAGCACAGUAUCUCCUACACGCUGUCCCGAAGCCAGUCGGUCAUCGUGGAGUACACCCACGACAGCGACACAGACAUGUUCCAGAUCGGUCGCUCCACAGAGAACAUGAUCGACUUUGUGGUCACCGACACAUCCCCUGGGGGAGGGGCUGCCGAGGGCCCCUCUGCCCAGAGCACCAUCUCGCGCUAUGCCUGCCGGAUCCUCUGCGACCGCCGGCCGCCCUACACCGCCCGCCUCUAUGCUGCGGGCUUUGACGCCUCCAGCAACAUCUUUCUCGGAGAGCGGGCGGCCAAAUGGCGGACCCCCGACGGCCUGAUGGACGGCCUGACCACCAACGGCGUCCUGGUGAUGCACCCAGCGGGCGGCUUCUCCGAGGACUCGGCCCCGGGUGUCUGGCGGGAGAUCUCGGUGUGCGGGAAUGUGUACACCUUACGGGACAGCCGCUCAGCUCAGCAGCGGGGCAAGCUGGUGGAGGACGAGUCCAACGUGCUGCAGGACGGCUCGCUCAUCGACCUGUGUGGGGCCACACUGCUGUGGCGCACGCCAGCAGGGCUGCUGCGGGCGCCCACGCUGAAGCAGCUAGAGGCCCAGCGGCAGGAGGCCAACGCAGCCCGGCCCCAGUGCCCCGUAGGCCUGAGCACCUUGGCCUUCCCCAGCCCGGCCCGGGGCCGCACCGCACCCGACAAGCAGCAGCCCUGGGUCUAUGUCCGCUGCGGCCACGUCCACGGCUACCAUGGUUGGGGCUGCCGGCGGGAGCAAGGUCCCCAAGAACGCGAGUGUCCCCUCUGCCGCCUCGUGGGGCCCUAUGUGCCCCUGUGGCUCGGCCAGGAGGCCGGCCUCUGUCUGGACCCUGGGCCGCCCAGCCAUGCCUUUGCUCCCUGCGGCCACGUGUGUUCUGAGAAGACUGCCCGCUAUUGGGCCCAGACACCACUGCCCCACGGCACCCACGCUUUCCACGCCGCCUGUCCCUUCUGUGGGGCUUGGCUUACCGGUGAGCACGGCUGCGUCCGCCUCAUAUUCCAGGGCCCACUGGACUAG